AUGACUACCAUCGAAAACCUUAAGACAAUCGACCCCUUCGCCGAUGCGGAAGAGGGCGAGGGCACCAACAAUCCCAAGAAAGGACAGGACUACAUCCACAUCCGUAUCCAGCAGCGCAAUGGCCGCAAGACUCUCACCACCAUCCAGGGUCUUCCUAAGCGCUUCGACCAGAAGAAGAUUCUCAAGGUCAUAAAGAAGAAGUUUGCCUGCAACGGUACCAUUGUGGAGGACCAAGAUCUCGGCGAGGUCAUUCAACUCCAGGGUGCGACCAGCGCAAGAACAUUCACGACUUCCUCGUCGACAAGCAGGAGGGUCUCGAGAUGGACUCCAAGCUCGUCAAGGUCCACGGUUUCUAAACAAGCCGUUACUGCCAGGAGGCGUCGUCCCCCCCUCGCAGCCGACCGGAUUUUGGUAUCCCCGAGCCGACACGAAUACCGACCAAGCAAGCUCUUAUUUCGACCUCAAACUUCGUGA